AUGGCAUCACUAAAGUCAAGUAGCAACAGCAAUCCCCUACUAGAAUCUUCUAUGGUCUGGUUGUCCCUUUACUUCUUUUUGAAUUUAGGGCUUACUAUAUACAACAAAGUUAUUAUGGCCAUGUUUCAGUUCCCCUUUCCUUGGGCCUUAACUGCUAUACAUACGCUAUGUGGUACUAUUGGAUCGUAUAUCUUUUGGAGAUUAGAUAUUUUUAAACCUGCAAAACUGGGAGAAAGAGAGAAUAUGGUUAUGCUCAUGUUUUCAGUUUUAUAUACAAUCAAUAUUGCAAUCAGUAAUGUAUCUCUGAAUCUUGUCACAGUUCCUUUUCAUCAAGUAGUUCGUGCCAUGACACCUGUGUUUACAGUCAUGUUGAAUGUUUUAUUUUUAAAAAAGACAUACUCAGCCAUGACCUAUACAUCUUUAAUACCGGUAAUUGCAGGUGUUGCGUUUGCCACUUUUGGUGAUUACAAUUAUACUGCCAUGGGCUUCUUCCUUACAGUAUUGGGUACUAUCUUGGCAGCUGUCAAGACAGUUGUGACCAAUCGAGUACAAGUUGGACGUCUCAAGCUUCACCCACUCGACCUUUUAUUGCGCAUGUCUCCUUUAGCGUUUAUUCAAACCAUGAUUUACAGUUAUCUUACAGGGGAAAUGCAACUAGUGCAAGAAUAUUGUAAAACCAGCAUGAACUUUUCAGUAUUUUGUGCAUUAUUGCUUAAUGGUGUGAUCGCCUUCUUUUUGAACGUGGUCAGUUUUACUGCCAACAAGAAGACAUCGGCGUUGACGAUGACAGUUGCAGGCAACGUGAAACAAGUCCUAUCAAUCGUGCUGGCUGUUAUUAUUUUUGAUUUAAGCAUCACAGCAAUGAAUGGACUGGGUAUUAUCUUGACUUUGGCUGGUGGUGCUUGGUAUAGGUAUGAUGAUUCGAAAAGUGAAUGA